GACCGAUUAUUGACAGAACUUCAACCCCUGCAAAGCCCCUGUUAUCAGUACUCAGUAGUGCUUUCAUCCUAACAUUUGACGAACAUCUGUUCCGUCCAGAAACAACUUCAGCUGCCUCACCGUUAUUGUCGUUGUCUUUCCGGUCUUGUUUUGCCAAUGGCAUAAAGUUUUGGCAGGAAGGGCUUCUUUGACGCUCAAUGCUCACUUAGCCUUUCGACUCGCAAACAAAUUGCUAUUCAUAAUUUUGUACCCAGCCCGAAACUCGGUGGGCUCUCUACAAUGCCUCUCCAAAAGCCGAGACCAGUACCGGCCGCGGGCGGUCGGGGCAACAACUCCUUCCUAUCCCCGGUAGAUUAUGAUGCCGACGCGCGGUCAAUCCACAGCGACCAGGAAGCCGAUAGCGACGACGAUAUGCUCCUUCAGCGAGCGCGCAACAGCCGAGAGCUUCGAGCGCACGACCGGCUCGUAUUCAUGGAGGAGGAAGAAACAGAUAAGCUGGUGUUGGAUGCACGACGACGCACGCAGGAGAAGGGUAGACGUGAGAGCGGGCUCACAAUACCGAACCCUUUGAAGUUGAUACGGCGCUAUAGCGAUACCUCGUUGCGGUCGUCCGCUGCAGGAGAUGAAGAAGAUGGAAGGGAGAAGGCGGCGGACAAGAGGAAGCAGAGGAAAAGCAGGCGCAAGAUGAAAAAGGACCGAUUGUUGGCCGAGGCGCAGCAUGGGGAGGACGGCGAGCUCAUGUAUGAAAUGGAGGAAGGGGGUAUGAAGGAGGGGAGCGAGACGGGCGACAGCAGCGAGAGGGAGGACAGUGAGGAAGUCGACCGUGUGCGGAUGAAGUUUUUGGAAGAUACCAAACGAAGGAGGUGGGGGUGCUGUCAGUGGACUCUCAUAAAUGCGGUAAUCGCAGUAGUCUUUGCACUGCUUGCCUUGGGGGCAUGGAAGCUGUCCCAGAAGGACAGGAGUCACAAGCAACAGCAGUAUGUCAGCAACGGCACUGCGUUGUUCGGUCCAACGACAAUUAUCAUCAGCCUAGACGGCUUCCGAGCGGAUUUCCUGAAUCGAGGGCUGACACCAAGGUUGAACGCUUUUGUCAAGGAGGGCGUGUCACCCUUGUAUAUGCUACCAUCGUUUCCGAGCGUUACAUUCCCAAACCAUUAUACCCUUGUCACCGGGUUAUAUCCCGAGAGUCACGGUGUCGUCGGGAAUACAUUCUACGACCCUGAAUUGAAGACCGACUUUUACUACACGGACCCUGGCCGGAGUCUCGACCCGAAAUGGUGGGGUGGGGAGCCCUUCUGGGCGACCGCGGAGAAGGCAGGUAUCCGAACUGCCAUCCACAUGUGGCCAGGCAGUGAAGCACAUAUCCUCGGCAUUGAGCCUAGCUUCCUGGACAAAUACGACGGCAAAGAGAACCUUUCAAGCAAGGUAUCCAGGAUCCUCGAACUUCUGGACAAGCCGGGCAUGGAAGACGAAAAGGCAAACCCCAAAGAUAUGCGCCCGCAGCUUAUUGCAGCAUAUGUCCCAAACGUCGAUGCAGAUGGCCAUACCUACGGGCCUAACAGCACGGAGAUAAGAGAGACCAUCAAGGAAGUGGACGGCAUGAUGGACGACAUUUUCAAAGGGCUUGAGCAGAGGAACCUGACUGGCUUAGUGAACGUCGUUGUUGUGUCGGAUCACGGUAUGGCGACCACUGAUAGAACGCGUCUUCUUCAGCUCGAUGAUCUUGUCGACUUGUCGAAGGUUGAGCAUAUAGAUGGCUGGCCUCUAGUCGGUCUGAGGCCACGCAAACCAGAAGACCUGCAGUCGCUAUACGACGAGCUGGUUCGCAACACCAAGGACAACCCGAACGUUGACAUCUACCUCAAGGAUGUCAAUAUGCCCAAGCGAUACCACUUUUCCAACAACGAUCGCAUCGCGCCGCUUUGGGUAGUUCCCAAAACGGGAUGGAAUGUGGUGCAACGAGAAGAGUUCGACCUACAGGAGGCCAAGACAAAAGACUUGACCUACCACCCCCGUGGGCUGCAUGGCUACGACAACGAGCAUCCCUUGAUGAGAGCUAUCUUUAUUGCAAGGGGACCGGCAUUUCCACACGCCCCGAAUAGCAAGCUGGAACCAUUUCAAAAUAUCGAGGUCUACAACAUUCUGUGCGACUCAGUGGGACUCGACCCAGUCCCAAACAACGGCACUUUGAGAUUACCUCUCAAGCCCAUUGGGCUACACAGCCCCGAGGCGCCAAUACCAGAUGCUGCAGAUCCCGUCACCUCGAGUACGACGACGGAGAGCACCCCGACACAGUCGGUCGGCGUUGAUCACGUGCCGGAACCCACACAGGCAGGAACUCCGGGCAGCAAUAAUGGUGGCGGUGACGGGAAGGAUGGUGCAAGCCAGCCCAAGACCGCCAAGGAGAAGCUUGAAGAUCUUUGGAAGUGGUUCACGGGCAAGGUCAGUAAGGCCUGGGGGAAGAUAGCGCACCCAAACAGAGGAGGCUCCAGCACGGCGGACUCGAAUAGUGCUUGAUAUGCUCAUAUUGUAUGGGCUAGUUGAGUUGGAUGGUUUUGUGUUAUUAGCGUUUUGUUUUUUUGAACCAAGUUGUACCUUUAAUACACAUGUCCCUUGAGAGACGUUUGAUUUUGGACCGUUUUCCCGAAUAUGAAUUCAACCGCAGUGGAGUUUUGAUAUAUACACAUAGCCACUAACUACUCAAUAACCAAUUUGAUGUUGUCAAG